AUGGAAGGGAUGGAGGACGAGGCAGCAGAUGCGAGAUCUGCCGGCGGCAGCCCUCAAGGUCCCAAGGUAGUGAGCAGAACAGCCAGCCCCACAGAAGCAACAUCUGAGGACAGAAGUGGCCCUGAGUGGCCGCUCGAUAAUGGAUACCUCCCGAUGACUUGGCUCUGCCCUCAGGAAGACAGAACACCGAUGGCCUCCCAGAGCCCCAAAGCAUGGAUGGAGCAGCACCCAGGGUCCUCUGUGCUGGAGUUCAAGGUGAGGGCUUUGAAGGAGCAGAGGACAGCAGGCAAGGAGGGGCCCAGCCCUGGCCCCACCUCUCAGGAGAGACCAUCCUACAAGAAAUCCAAAUGCAGGCGACUCAAGGGAAUUGGAGCUGGGGCUCCAGCAGAAGGGACUUCCUUACCAGAUGCAGUGGGAACUUCCCAUGCUCAGAACCUACAGUUGGACAGCAGUGUCAAAGACGAACCUGCCAGAAGUCAGUGCCCUAGACCCCCUAGACCACCUACCCCUAAGCUGGCGUGCUGGAGUGGGAAGAACUCCUGGCCUCUGGAAGCAGCAUGGACACUGUCUGACUAUGAGCAAGGAUUGCCCUCAGGGCCUGGCUCUAUUCAAGGGAGCCCUGUCCAGAAAGCUGCUCAAAGCUGGCCUGGAGAACCUGGACCUUGUAACAAAAAUGUACCCACCCCAAGGAAGGGAAAGUCAUGUUCCCUUCAGGAUGAUCUGGUCACAGGGGGAGAUCUGAACAGCACUCCCUUGACCUCAGAGAAGGCCUCACCCCUGCUGGAGGACAUCUGGAGAGCUGGAGAGCUGGGCCUCCUGGGCACUGGGGGCAGUGGCUUGUCCCUGUCAGACCAGGUAGAGAAGAAUCGCCUUCUGCUGCAGGAGAUGCUGAGUGUCUCUGGGAAGGGUCUCCCGAAGGCAGGGAUCCAGGCCUGGACUUCAUCUUGGGACCGACCUGCAGCAGAGUUACCAGUAAGGGACAUGGACUGGGACUCGGGCAUCUCCCUGCAGGAUUUGGACCAGAACAGAACCUUUGGUCCCAAGCCGAAGCCUGAGCUGAGCCCCCGGCAUGAGGAAGCCAAGCAUCUGCUGCAGCAUGCCCGCAUGAAAGCCAGAACCCGGCCCCUCCGGGCCAGCCACGACAUCGUGCCCACUAUUGCCCUAGGCAACCGAGAUGACCGGAGGAGCCCAGGUCUGGACCCGAGGGUCAGCUUUUCUUGCAGAGACAGCCUCCAAAAUGGGAACCUGAGUGACUCCUCAAGCGGGGAGUCCAGCAGUGGGUUGUGGCCGAAGCGGGGCACCUCUCCGUCGUCCCACGUCCGCUUUGAGGAUGAGUCCGCCCGCGACGUCGAGUCCCGAUACUUGGAGCGGCUACAGCAGCGUCAGCGCCAUGUUGGGAGCGCUGUACUGCAGGGGGUGGACCAGGGCCCCCUACGCUCCAAGCCCGACCUCACCAACUACAUCAAUGGGGGUGUGAGGCGGAGCAUGGCCACGGAAGGGGUACUCCGCAAGCUUGCUGCGGGCAGGCUGCACCCCUGGGGUCCUCCACAGCCUUCGCAGGGCCAGGGGAAGUGCCGAGCCUGUGGCAACUCUAUCGAGCCCCAAGGCCUUAAGGAAGGGGAGGAGUCCCCAGAGCUCAGGCUCCUCCAGGAGCUAGAAGCAGCCUGCAGGGGGGAAGAACUGCUGGUAGAACCCCCUCAAAGCUCUCAGAGCCUGAGCUCCCCUCUCGCGCUCCUGGGGGAGCCAUGGGUCCGAGAGACGCACAUUGGUGACAUCCUGUGCCCAGAGGAUGUGGACUCCGCCCUGGACAGCACGGACACCUCAGACAGCUGCAGAACGGACAGCGAGGAGGCUGGGACCUCCCAGCCCAGCAGGGCGUGGUGCCGAACCCGGAGGCCCAGGAAUGGGGAGCUGCCCUGCAGCCCACAAGCCUCAUGUCACCUGCCUAAGGUUGACCGUGUGGAGGUUGGAGAUGAGGGGAAAGAAGGCAGACAGUGCACUCCAGCCGGGACUCUGCUUCCCAGGGAAGGUGGUGGCCCCAAGCCUGCUGCUCCGGAACCCAGGAGGACUUCACUGGAGUGGCAGCGUGAACCAGCACAGGGAAAUCAGCGGGCUCAGCAGGCAGAUUCCCGAGCUCCUUGCAGGGCAGCCUCUACCACGGCCUCAUCCUCGAGGUCUGGGCCAUCGGAGCCAAACCGGCAAGCCCAGGUUACAGAAAACCACCAGCCAGUGGACAGGCCUUCUAUGCCCUCCCCACAGCAGAGCCGCUCGGAGCCCCCUGCCGCUCACCAAGCCCUGCCACCAACUACUUCCUUCUCCUUGGAAGGCUGGGUGCCGACCCCUCCCUCUUCAAAGAAAACAGCCUUCUCCUCCUCUGUGCCUCACAGGAAGGCAGCCUUAGCUGGACCCCACAAGCGACGGGGCCAGGGAGACUCUGUGGACACUCCUUCGCCUCCUUCACAUCACAUGGUUUCUAGGACCUGCGAGCUCACCUCCUCACAGACCCAGCCUUGCAGCCCCCAAGUAAGGCCUCCACUGUGGGUGCUGUCCACCAACAACUGUAACAACAGUUUGCCUCAGGGGAUGCAGGAGCCCUGGAGAGAAGCCACCCCUGAAGGCAGGGCGGAGAGGGAUUCCUGCAGCCAGACGCCAGAGCUGCUCCUGGAGGACAGCGGAGGAGGAGGACGCCAGGACUUUCCUGGUCCAGCAGUCGUUGGCGCCAUCAGCCCCUCGGGUACCACCCUUCCCCUCGCACCGGAGAAGCCACAUCCCAGCCGGGCUCCAGAAGGAAGUGCCAGGAGGACAGAGCUGAGAUCUGGAGGGCGCAUGCCUUUGGGAGCAUGCCCGGGACUCAGUCCAGGACCCAGCCCGACCUCAGCUGCCCCUUCUGAAAAGAACAAGAAGAGCAGUGGCAUUGCCUCUACGCUGGGCCUGAAAAAGUUCUUCUCGGCCCUGGGCCACAGCACCCGGCCCAAGCUGGGCAAGUCCCGGAGCUACAGUGUGGAGGAGCUGCACCCUGCGCCCGGCCCGGCAUCACAUACCAGCACCCCCAAACUGAAAAGAGCCCCAUCAUUGCAAUCCCUGCAUUUGGUGUCACCGUCUCCCCAACAUCGGAAAGCUGCCUCCUUUCAGAACCUCCACUCUCUUCUGAGCUCCAAGGGGAACCGUUCCAGCCUCUACUUGGUAGGGGAGCCUGGGGACCCCAAUGCAACUGGCAGGCCAGCCCAGACCCCACCCCGACGUGCCCUCAGCGUGGAAGAUGUAAGCGCUCCCAGCCUGGCCCGCACCGUGGGACGUGUGGUGGAGGUGUACCCAGACGGCACCAGCCAGCUGCAGCUACAACGCUCUCCGGAGGGCACUUUUGGUUUCUGUGUGGCCUCUGGGAAUGGCCGACCGGACUCAGGUAUACCUCACUCCCCUUUCUGGGGCCAGGCCUGGCCUGAGAGCAUGUUUAAAGCUGCACUGAGCUACCUCUAUGCCUAUUGCCAUCAGCAGUACAAAGCUCGUUCCCAGCAGUCCCCCCUAAACCGCUAUGCCCCAGGUACCUGUGAUCUCACAGCUACUGCUGAGGGCGGGCACUUCAGCUUCCUGUCAGGCAAUGUGUUGUUGCCGCACUCUCAGGUGAAAGCAGUUCAAGGGGAGCGAGAGGUUCCCAGCGCUGACGUAAAGAGAGCCUCACUCAGUGGCCUGUGCUGCCUGUGUGAUCAUGAGAGGCCGGCUUCUACCAACCUCGAGGCCCCCGGGGCCCGUCCCACUGAGGGGUCCCUGAGACCCGGACCCCAGACAUGA